AUGAGCCAAGAACAACCACGAAGGCCAAGAGAGAAGCAAGAGCAGGAAGACCGCAUAAGAUACGGCGACGUUUUUGAAGUCUCAGGCGAGCUAGCAUCGAAGCCCGUUGCACCCCAUGAUUCAGGGUUGAUGGAGACAGCUGAAAAGACAGCGUUCGGAGAGACCCAAAUGUGUGGAACAGCCACUGUGAUGCGAGCCGCUGCUAACUUGAACGUAAGAGCUGGUCUCGUUGAUCGGGAGAUCAACGAUCCCACUAAAGUUUCGGUAGCGCAAGGUGUGAGUGUUACUCAGACCGAUGUCCCUGGGCGCCGCAUAUUUACUGAAUCUGUUGACGGACAAGUUGUUGGACAGUAUGUGCAGUCAAUGCCCACCCAAGAAGCAGCAGUAGGGAUAGUGCAAAGUCCGAUUACUAUAGGAGAGGCACUAGAAGCGACUGUACAAUCAGCCGGAGCCAAGCCAGUUGAUCAGAGUGAUGCUGCUGCAAUUCAAGCAGCAGAGGCUAGAGCAACUGGUUCUGAUACUAUUAUUCCGGGUGGGAUCGCCGCCACAGCUCAGUCAGCUGCUGUUUUCAAUGCCGAAGUGAAGCGAGAAGAGAAUAAGAUUAAGCUGGGUGAUGUCUUAAAGGGUGCAACAGCAAAGUUACCUGCUGAAAAGGUGGCGACCAAGCAAGAUGCUGAAGCAGUGGGGAAUGCUGAGUGGAGGAACAAUCUGAAUCAGGCUCCUCAUCCUGGUGUCUUGGCUGCAUCAAUCUCGCAGCUGCUAAGCUCAACGAGAACUUAA